AUGAUCGCCACUAUCUUCUCCUUGAGGACGGGUCCCUCCCUCGCACUCCUCAUCGGUCUGCUGCUAUGCGCUUUGCAUCACACGGUCGCUGAGGAGGUCGCUUUCUUCAAAUCGCGACCCGACAUCUAUCCCCCCGUUCUCCAUAUCGAACGAUCCGAACCAGACAAGCUUGCGCCAGGUUAUAUCUUUAUCACACCAUACGAGGCUCAAAAUCCGGGACCUUAUAUCUUCGAUAAUACAGGGGAAUUGGUAUGGAGCGGAUGGGGUGCUUCAGGGCCGGGCAAUGCCCACGGCAUGCAUGUGUGCAAGUAUAAGGGGGCCGACCAUUUAUGUUUCUUCCAGGGGAACCAGCAAAAAGGGUACUGUCGUGGACAUGGAGUCAUCUUGGACAAUUCCUACCGCAUUGUACGAUCGGUGCAGCCCGGUGGUGGCAUGGCAUCGAGCGAUAUGCACGAAUUUCUUCCGAUAAAUGACGGCAAGACCGCGCUCAUGACCGUCUACCAGCAGCGCCAAUUCGAUAUGACCCCGUGGAACGUCAAGACAGGUGUUGGGUGGGUGAUGGAGAGUGUCUUCCAGGAAGUCGAUGUCGAGACGAGUAAAGUGUUGUUUGAGUGGCGCUCUUUGGAUCACGUCGACCCAUCUAUGAGUUAUACAUGGCCGUCGCACACCGAUACCUCCGGCACUGGAUUGAACGUACACGAGCCCUGGGACUACUUCCAUAUCAACUCGGUUGAUAAGAACAGAGAUGGCGACUAUCUGAUCUCCUCUCGACAUACGUGCUCCAUUUAUAAAAUCUCCGGCAAGGAUGGCUCUGUUGUCUGGCGAUUGCAUGGAGCCGACCCGACUUUCCGCAAUAUCAACUUCAGUUUCUCGCAGCAACACGAUGCGCGGUGGUUAUUUGAGAACGCCACCCAUUCGGUCAUCUCUCUUUAUAAUAAUGGAUAUAAUGGGUUCAACCGGACACAUGCCUACUCGUCCGGCAUGAUCAUCAUCAUUGAUCACAUAGCAAAUACAGCUACGCAGGUUCGCGACUACGCUCCUGCGAUCUCCGAUUUGGCCAGCUCCAGCCAGGGUAACCUGCAGGUCUUGCCGAACAAGAACGUCUUCAUUGGAUGGGGAAACAACCCCUACGUGUCAGAGCACGACUCAGCCGGUAACUUGGUACUCUGGGCAUCCUUUGCCCAAGAUACCGUGAUGAACUACCGCGCGCAAAAGUUCGAGUGGGAGGGUAACCCUACCGACUCGCCUGCACUCUGGUCAUACUCUCGCACCUCAGAACCCUACUCUCCGACAAGUCUCUACGUGAGUUGGAAUGGCGCCACUCGCGUCAAGACAUGGCGCUUCUUCGGCUCCCACAACAUGACCGGCCCUUGGGUUUUGCUAGACGAGGUUUCCAAGACCGGUUUCGAGACGGAAUACACCAAUGCUAGUUUCUUCCUCUGGACGCGGGCGGAAGCAAUCGCUGUGGAUGGAGUCGUGCUUGGCACAUCCGAGAUCAAGUAUACUUUUGUUCCAUCACCGGAGCUUCGCGAGUUCUGUCUAGACGAGACAUGUCUGGAUGCUCCGGGCUAUGGCUUCCCUGGUGAAGAGGCGGCUGAGCCGUUCAUUCCUCCGGCGGGCGUGAAUACUGUGCCAUGGGUUGACCCUGACCGUGACGGUGCUACCUGGACGUAUCCGUCGGGUUUCCCACAUAGCAACCCAGACUCGGAUUCGGGCGUUGUGUCCUACCAUAAACAACGACAGUCCGGACGUCUACUCGUUUGGGGCGCUACCAUUGCAAUCCUCCUCCCCCUUCUUGCCGGUGUUUACUUCGGCUACCGAUAUCAUCUUCGACGGCAACGGCUGGAUCCGUUGAACGACCACGAGUCAUCCGAGCCACUGAACGGUAUGGCCGAGCGGAAAGCUCCACCAGCACGGACGCCCGAUCUCCCCUGGUGGAAUUGGCGCCGGUGGACCGCAGAGGAAGAGACGCAUUAUUUCCCGCUCGCUGAUCGCAGUUUACCAGGACGCGAGCGCGAGCGGACAGAGUAA